UUAUACUCCACAAAGACGAACCACAACCUCUGCAAUAUAUAGCCUGACAAUCUCCGACUCUGCAUCAAGCAAAACCAUCCAAAGCACCAAAAACACCAAAGCCGUAAUAUGGCUCGCUCAUCAUCCACCCUUUAUUUCCUCAUUUCGCUGACUGUUCUGAUCCGAACCUUCCCAUCCCAUGCGCAAAUCUGCUACAACACCACCGGAAACUUCACGUCGAACAGCCCCUACGCAAAGAACCGCGAUGCUGUCCUCGGCUCUCUCGCCUCCAACGUGGCUGCACAUGAUGGGUUCUACGCCACAAGCACGGGCGAGAACCCAAACACCAUCUACGCCAUCACUUUCUGCAGAGGGGAUUCGUCAGCAGAUAUCUGCGAGAGCUGCGUGAGCUCCGCGGUCCAAGAAUUGGUCGUGAAGUGCCCUAACCAGAAGGCGGCUUUCUCCUGGGGAAUUGGAGAUCCGCCGUGCUUUAUCCGAUACUCGGAUACUCCGAUCUACGGGAUACUGCAAACGAGUCCUACCUAUAAGAUGGCCAACGUCGCCAGCCACAUCGCCAUGAACCAAGACCAGUUCGAUGCAGUUUGGGGGAACUUGACGAAAAGACUAGCGAGCAAAUCUGCGGACGGCUCUUCGAGGCUCAAGUAUGUGAUGGGGCAGGCCGACUUGCCGGACAACGAGACGAUCUACUCCCUGUUACAGUGUAGUCCCGACUUGUUGCCGAAUGAUUGCGGGAGUUGCUUGAACGAAGCCAUUGACGAUUAUUAUAAGUGCUGCCACGGAUGGCAAGGCGGCUAUGUUUACAAGCCGAGCUGUAUGUUCCGAUGGGAAUUGCACAAGUUUUUCGAGUCGAACCCCAGUCCAUGGUCAUCUUCUCCGCCACAUCCAGCUGCUCCGCCGUCUCCCGGUGGAAAUAUCGCCAAAGGUACCUUAGCUGCAAUUACCGCCUCAGCCGCCGUUCUUGCCAUGCUUCUCUUCAUCGGUUGUUGUUACCUUCGGAGGAGGCCAGCAAAGAAGAAAUAUGAAGCGGUGCAAGAAGGAAGCGGUGUAAGCAAGAUCGCAUCCUUGAAGUCCUUGCAAUUCGAUUGGGAUAUUUUACUUGCAGCGACGGACAACUUUUCUCAAGAAAUCAAACUUGGCAAAGGUGGAUUCGGGGAGGUGUAUCAGGGUAGGCUUCCCAAUGGACAAGAAAUAGCUAUGAAGAAGCUUUCUCAAAGCUCAGGGCAAGGUGUCGAAGAAUUUAAGAACGAGAUUGUGUUGGUGGCGAAGCUUCAACACCGAAAUCUAGUGAGAUUGCUCGGAUUUUGCUUGGAAGGAGGGGAAAAGCUACUCGUAUAUGAGUUUGUGCCCAACAAAAGUCUCGACUACUUUGUGUUCGACCCUGAGAAAAGCAAACAAUUGCACUGGCCAAGACGUUACAAGAUAAUAUCGAGCAUCGCUCGAGGAAUGCUCUAUCUUCAUGAAGAUUCUCGGCUUCAAGUCAUUCACCGAGAUCUAAAGGCUAGCAACGUCUUGCUGGACAACGAUAUGAACCCAAAGAUUUCGGAUUUUGGCAUGGCGAGGAUUUUUGGAGUUGAUCAAACUAACGCAAGCACUAGAAGAAUCGUAGGAACCUAAGGUUUCAUGUCCCCGAAAUAUGCGAUGCACGGGCAAUUCUCUCAAAAGUCUGAUGUUUACAGCUUUGGCAUCCUCCUCCUCGAGAUCAUACGCAGCAAGAGGAAUAACUACUACUACCAAUCUGAUGGAGGCGAGGAUCUUGCGAGCUAUGUUUGGAAACAUUGGAGAGACAAUGCGCCUUUGGAAAUAUUGGAUCCGGCAUUGGAAUCUUAUUCUAAAAGCGAAGUGCUCAGAUGCAUACAUAUCGGCUUAUUAUGUGUUCAGGAAGAUCCGGCUAAUAGACCGACCACGGCGAACAUUGUUCUCGCACUAAGCAGCCAAACUCUUAGUCUGCCGUUGCCACAAGGACCGGUCUUUUUCUUCUGAAGCCAAACAGAACUGCCGAUUAACAUCAUAGGGAAAGCCCAGGGGCAUGAUCAACUUACAAGAGGAUCCAUGCCUCCAUCGAUCAACGGAGUGACGAUUACAGAAGUCUAUCCUCGAUGAAGCACAGGGACAUCUGUUCAUGGCAUGAUUUCAUUUGCUUCUCAAGGAUAUUUCGCGUAUGUUGUGUCCAGAAGUACUAUUUAGUUUUACAUGAAUUGUUUGAUGAGUGUGCUUGUAGUCGCUAAUAAACUGGUAGUAAUGUGGUGGUUUCUUUUUUGCUUUGUAAUAAAGCAGCUAGCUAUUUCUAAUUGGAUUGACUUUUAAUUUA